ACUUCGCGUCGUUGCGGGUGCCGAGUGACGCGAGUCGCAGGUCGCAACUUCUUACGAUAGCGUUCGUCGUUUCUCGUCGACGUAAUACGCCGCGCGUCGUACACGGUCGGCAUCGGAGCGUUGUGCAAGGUGUCUUCGUAUUAAGAUAAUUCUGCUGUGCCCACGAGUACACCGGCGACUUGUUAGAUCGCGACGAUUUCGUGAGACAGUUCCGACUCUCGAACAAGCAGGUGUGACUAAAGAGGUUAGCCCCUUUGGAUGUGACGCGAAUCACACUCCGCGUGUCGCGUUGUUCUUUACUUUUUUUGGAAACGCGUGUUCGUUUCAUAGAGAUGUUACAUGUAGAGUAGAGAAGCCAGCUUCAAAAGUGACUCGUUGAUAGAAAAAGACAGAAAACAGGAGCUUUAAUCUAUCUCUCUCUUAAUGGCGCUAGUACAACAAAGACAAGAAUAUAGGUCUUAUCUUUUCUCUCUUUCUAACGGGGGGACAUUUCCACUUACAGAUCUGUUUAUGGCUCCUCUCCUCUAUAUAUAAUAUCUCUGAUUCGUUUGCCGUUAACGAAUUAGCGAUCAUCAUUGACGAAAUGAUCGCGAUUGAUUAACUGUCGCUAUAAAGCGUGUGUCGCGCUGCGCACUGCGAACGCGAAUUAAAUUUGGAUCGCGAAAUGCGAAAUCGUUGAUCAAUCAGUCGGAUCAAUCAGUCAGUCAAUUGAAGUAGCCAAAGAUUUCAAUUGUGAAUCGUAAAAUAGGUGAGCCUGCACUUGUAUUUUUGUCAUCUGCGAUACGCAAUUCGGAUGUGAUUCACGUUCGCAAUGCGUAGCGUGACACGGGCUCAUCGUGUGUCGCGAUGCCAAUUACUUCGUGACAAAUGUGUUUUAUAUGCUUUAUUAAGUUGGAAUUGAGAUUUGUGACUCGCUUAUAAUUUCCGGAUUGCAAACGUAGAAUGAUACACGAAUCAUUGAACGGUGCGAUGAAUGAACAAAUAAUGCACGCGAUAAACACUCAUUAAUAAUUGAUUUAAAAGCGCUUUAAAAUCCGGAGAACAUGGGAUAUUCAAUUCGGAAUUAUCUUAUAGUUAAAUGUAUUUUACAUGCUUUAUUAAUAUUCGGAAUAGAUUGGUGAUUCGCUUAUUAUUUCCGGACUGCGAACGUAGAAUGAUACACGAAUCGUUGAACGGCGUGAUACUAAUAAUGCACGCGGUAAACAGGAGAAAACGCUCGUUAAUAAUUGGUUUAAAACUGCUUUAAAAUGGGACAUUUAGUUCGGGAAUUAUCUUACAGUUAAAUGUUACGCGCUUUGGUAAUAUUUGUUUUAGUUGAAUUUUACAUGCUUUAUGAAUUAAUAUUUGGAAAUAGAUUUGUGAUUUGCUUAUAAUUUCUGGAUUGCGAAACGUAGUAUGAUACAUGAAUCAUUGAACGGUACGAUACAAAUAACGUGCACGGUAAACAAAACAUUUAUUAAUAAUUAAAUAAAUACAAAGAACAUGGGAUAUUCGGUUCGGAAUUAUCUUACGAUUAAAUAUUUCGAAAACAGCAAGUCGAUUCACGGCUUUGGCACUUUUAUCUACGGCGCUCGAUUGUAGUUUAAAAGGAUCACCGCGUUACAAAGUCGCUUCUCGUGUCGUUAUUGUAAUUAACUGUUACAUGUUGCGUUUCGUGAGCACCUAAUAUUGAAAUUGUCUAUUGUCGAUUGUCGCGUAUCUCGCGGUUGUCGUAUUUCGUCGAUAUCACAAAGUGACAAUGUUUCCGCGAGUGAUCAUCUAGUGAGUGCCAUCGAGAAACAAGAAGGGACGCAAGAACAAGAGAGGAGGAGGAGGCCCAGGGAGGCAUCGGGCGACGGCGGAGCAACCCUAAAACCAACGUAGCUACAAUUACGCAAUUACUCCGCUGCUGCGCAUCGUAUUGUCUGCCAUGGGAUCCAGCAAUUUGAGGAAAUGCCACAAUACACCGAAGUCAAUCCUGGCCAGGACGCAAAGCUGGUGUGCCGAGUCCACGGAAAGAGAGGACAAUGCAUUUGGCAGAAGGAUCAAAAGCCAAUAGGCAUGCAUUUGAAGAAGUAUGAGUGGGUGGGUUCACCUGACAUCGGCGACUGUUCGCUAUGGGUCAGAUCAGCCACGUUAGAGUUCGACGACGGACUCUGGCAGUGUCAAGUAACCGCCAGUGAUUUCACAACGCAAGACGCGUUAGCAUCUGAACCAGCGAGGCUGGUCGUCAGAGUCAGCCCUCAGCGACCGCAGAUAGAGUACGCCGACCGUCUAAUUCUCCCCGGCAGCAACGUGACAGCCCGAGCAGGUGAGAUCGCUACGCUCACUUGCAGAGCGCGGUAUGGGAAUCCUUCGCCUCUAAUUAAAUGGUACGUGGGCGAAACCGAGAUGAGGACGUUGCGGCCCCAGGUAAACUCGACCGAGAUAGAUAAUCCGCGCACUUGGGCAACCUACAGUGUUUGCGAGAUUCUGGCCGAGCGAUCACGUUACGGGCAGCCGAUCAGAUGCGUCGCUAUCCAUCCGGCGUACGCCAAUCCCACCAUGUCCUCCAGCACCGAAGUGAGGUUCGACGUGCGAUACGCGCCGGAGACGAGAUUAGUCGGCGUCCCAACUGGCCAGCUCGAGGAGGGCCGCGAUCAGCUAGAAAUCCGAUGUCUCGCCGACGCUAAUCCACCGGCUUCGAUCCUCUGGAGGAAAACCAAGAGUCCCGGAGUGACGGAAGUGGCUAGCAUCGGAGAAACCUUGAUGUUCUCUCCAAUUUACAGAAAUCACGCUGCCGUUUACCUCUGCGAGGCGUCAAACAUCGAAGGCGAGAGCAGCCCGGUUUCGGUACAGGUGUCCGUAAACUAUCCACCGACAAUCAGCGCGGUCGGACCGGACCGACUAACAACUGCAUUGUUAUAUUCUGGUGCAUCUUUCGAAUGUCACGCUGAUGCAAUGCCGCCUGCCGAGUACAGAUGGGCACAGGUGUUCACGGACGGCCGCAUGCCGUUGGAAUGCGGGACGGGACAGCGAUUGAUCCUGACGAACGUGACGUACGAGCAACAGGGUCAAUACAUAUGUCUCGCCUCCAACAAGAUCAAUGGCAACGUCAGGGAAGUUAAAAGCGACCCUGUGUCCCUGCAAGUGGUCGGCGCUCCACGGGUGGUGAAGCCGGCCAUCACAGAGAAGUUUGUCGUCGUGACGACGGAGGGUAACCCGGCCAGAUUAGAGAUCAGACUGUGCUCCGACCCGAAGCCGCGGCUCGUGGCCUGGGAAUGGGGCAGCACCAGACUGCACGCCGGUGAAGUGCUGGAACCGCGCUAUCGCGCGCUCGAUCUGGAGCCGCUGGCUUCGGAGGAUUGUUACAUAGCGAUCUUAGAGUUGACAAGUACAGUGAAAGAGGAUCAAAGACUGUAUCACGUUAUCGUGGAGAAUGAUCGUGGCAGUGACAGACGAGCCCUCAUGCUGAAAGUCGAUGAACCCGGCCAGAUCCCGCUCGUUAUCGGCGCGGUGGCCGGAUUCACGGUGCUCUCGGUACUGAUAAUGGGAUUCGUUUGUUUCCUACGUUCGGAUAGGUGCUGCGUAGCCAGAAACACAGUGCCGGCGCUGCAGCAAGUGCAUUGUACAAAGGCUUCCAACGCUAUGAUAGAGGAUCCACGCUUGGCAGUGGAUACGAUGGAUCGUACAACUCAGCAGUUCGUCCCGGAGAAACGAGCCAAUCACGUUCUGAAGCCCGUCCCGUCGCAGCAAUACCAGCAGGAGUGUUAUCAGCACGACCCGCAACACCAACAGCAACAUUAUCAGAGGCAUCACCACCACGGGCAGCCUCACGGACAAUAUACGUUGCAGGAAAAAUUCCUUCUACAGGACGAGGAACGGGACACGCUAAAUCGGAUUAAAAAAGGCAAGGAACGAGGAGCGCAAACUUUCCACCUUUUCUCCCGGAAAGAUCUCGAGGGUUUUAUAUAUAAAUAAAAUAUUGUAUUUGUGUUGUCGACACACACGACCAACGUGGAGAUGUAUAAAUAUAAACACACGUUACGUUUUAAUGUACGCAACACACACUCUACUGGGUCGUCCAAAAAUUUGUUGAUACCUUACACCGAUGAAAGUAAUUAACGCGCCUACGCCUCGCUCGCGUUUCUUUCCGUACAGCACAGAGUGGCAAGAACGUGGCAAAAUAUCGCUACAACGUUUCUGCAAUAUUGCAGCAACGAUAAAAUGUCCUUUGGAAGUAUUGAUGCGCAAUGUUGCAGCAAUGUUGCUGCAACAUUGCGUAUCAAUAUUUCAGAAACGGACAUUUUACCAUUGCUGAAACAUCGCAGCAAUAUUUUGCAAUGCUCUUCCUAUGUAAUGGGUUUCUCUCCUAGCGCGUUAAAAUUUAUUAUGAUGUUAACGAUCGUUACAUAAUAUAACUAUGCGAUUGUAUGUAUAACGGGAGACGAUACCAUCCAUUAGCGACUCGCGCAAGAAGUUUUUAGACGAUCCAACGUUAAAUUACAAUACUUAUGCGACGACACGGCGCGCCGCUCGCGCGCAAGUAUCGAACGUAUCACGUUCUCCGAUCGCGAUAGUCGCUUGAGUGAUUUAUGCGCUCGGUAGGGUGCAUUACGCAUGCAUUUGGUUGCAUCUAGUUCCCGGGUGUCCCUCCGCCAAUUACCGCGCUGUCCUUGUUUGUAAUUUAAUUUAGAUAGAUGUGUACAUAAGUAGAGCGUGUCGACGAUAAUGCCGCCCCGCCCACCGUGUGCCCCGUAUGUCGAUUAUACGCGCGCGAUUCCGUCUGAGUCGCGUCUCGUCCUUUGUAAAAACAAAAAACAAAACAAAAUUACCGGAUUAAGGUGAAUUGAGUGGAAUUCAUUGUGAUCGAAACGCUUAAUCGUAAACUGAAUUCCUAUCAGUUCUUCCACCGAAUCCCGGCUCGUUUCUCACCGCGGAGAUAGCUCAUCUCGUUCUGUUCUGAUUUCGCUUGCAUCCAGAAAGGAGUGUAUUCCCUGCAGCCGCGCGUCCCGCGGGACUCAAGAACGUAAGACUGAACUCGACCGGGAUCGCCGAAUUUACACGCUCGCAGCUCAUUAACGAACGGACACGGCCGAUCGCGCAUCGAGAUCAACCAAUCGUUUCCGGAAACCUACACGAUUAUAAGAGAAUAGCUGUAAUUAAUUGUUACGCGAAACUCGAUACUGCCAUACACUACGCCAUACUACUGCCCCCCAUGCUGCCACGUCUGAAAGUUGUAGGCGCGAUUAGCAAAUAUUAAUGCUACAGACGUAACUUCUUUUUUUUUUUCUUUUCUUUUCUUCGUUCGUUUGAUCGUUGACGUCGUAUGCUUGAAACGCUGAUAAGUAUUGUGAACGAACCGUCGAAGACCGUAUUUGAAGAGUGUUUGUAUCAUAGGUAGUAAUUAGUAAUCGAAACUAUAUGCUCAUUACGAUUUAAUAACGAUAUGUUGCUAUCUAUUGAACAUACCAAGUGCAUAAAAAAAUGUACAUACGCAUAUAUACGUACCCGUUAAGAUCACGAAUUUAACGUACGAAUCGUCGUCCAAUUAAUGAAAGUUUGACGUUAACAGCGAUGUCUAAUCGCCCACGUACGUUUGCGACACUAAAAUGCGCUUCUACGUCGCUGUUGCAAAAGGGUAGUUUUAAACAAUUGGCAGCCGACACAGUGAUUCGAUUCACAGUUGUAUAGUGGCCGUAUACGAAUAAUUUAUCGGUUCGACAGAGACUCUCGGAAAAAUGAGAGCCAAGCGCUGUACAGAUCGUUUCAGGACGCGUCGACCAACGAGUGAGCAUGUCGGAAUUGCAUUUUGUAUGUACCCUGCACCUCACGAGAUUGUGUACAGAGAAACUUCCCACCGACUUACCUUCUCAUUUCCAACUCGAAUACGAUGCACCAUAUUGUUUACCUCAAUCCUAUUAGGAUUAGCUAUAUUAUAUCUCCCGUUAUCACCGUCAUUAAUUAAGUCUGAAGGCGAACACCAUCGACUUUGUAUAAUCGGAUUAACGAUAUGGGACUUUUGACUGUAUGGCGUAUGAGAUAAAUCGGGGGAGUUGUGCCGAGUUCCCUUUCGUGUAUAAAGUUGUCAUCAUUAAAAAGUGAUCAUACAUGUGGGUACCAUUUAUCAUCGCACCCAUACACAUCCCAAUCCUAUCGAGGUACGACCGAAAUUCUUUUCAAUACUUUAAUCUUAUUUUCACAUUCAUUUAAAAAUAUAAAUUUAUUAAGUAUUGUGCGAUAUGCGCGUAAUGAAAUUAUUCGUUCAUCUCAUCAUUCAUUUAUUUCGUCAUUGAGAAUCGUCGGUAAGAAUUUAUCAUCGCGCAUACUUCUUAUAACGUUCACCCAAGAAAGAAGUGUUUAAUUUUAAAAUAUUAAAUUAUAAAUGUUUUAGUUUUGAACAGUGUUUAGAAAUAAUCUAAUGCACAUUUCCCCCAAUGUAAGUUAACUUUAAUUUGUUUUAACUUAUUUUUAUUUUAUUCUUAGAACUGAGAAGAAGAUAAAGAAAAUGUUAAAUCGUAAUCAAAUCGUAAAUCAAAGAAAUCGAGUUAAUCUACAUUGCUGGAAAUAGACAUAAAAUUUAAAGCUGAAAUUUCUCAGCAGCUUUGAACGUUUUACUGUUUUAAAUUUAUAAAUGCUGUUUAAAGCUAAAAUUUUGCAAGUAUUUAAAAGACAGAAAUAAAGCAUUUUAAUGUCUUAAAAUUAAACCCGUGCUUGAGUGAAUCAAAGAAUAAAUCAUCAUAUUUAUAUUUUUAUUUAUGUACGGUCUGACAUGCGACUUUCUUUUUACGUUAUUAUGUAUAUACGUAAAAACACACGUAUACGUAUUUUACUUCCUUAGUCCCGGUCUUGUCUGCCAUGCUGGAUCUGCUACCUAACUGUAGCCUGGAUUAUUUGGCACCUGCGUUGUCAAGGGUGUAGAAACAACCCUGCAACUUUACGUCCUCGCGUGCCAUGUUUCGGACGCGCCUAGAAUUGCACAGAUUGCACCCAUGCUAGUUUCUAUCCCUGACUGCCAAGUAAUAACCCGUAGAACAUUAUGGUAGCAAUUCGUGCCCCUCCCCUCCGUGCACUGUGCGCGUAUGCAUUCGUAUUAAGUCCGCAUUAGCCCUCCGCAGCUCCAAGUCGAAUCAUAUUCCAAAUAAUACAUUCGUAUUGAUAUAUGGAUAUUCUGUUAUUUUUUUAAAAAAGGAUUUGUUUUAUGUAUUAUAAAAUUAAUUCGUAUUAACCUUCGUGUAUCGGCUGAACGCCGAUACGUUUCUGUGAUGUUUUAUUAAACGAAAAGAGCUUACUUUUAUGCUGCUCCAAAUUUGUAAAAACCGGGAACAUAUUAUUAUUAUACAUUGCAAACUUGAUUAAACAUUAUUAAAUAUAAAAAUUUCCGUCGACUUAAUCUUCACUUUAUAUAAAGAGACGUGAAUCUAAGACGAUUCGAAAAUCAGUUUUUCAAACGUAAUUUCCUCAAUGAAAGACAAGUACCCGAGAUCAGUAAUAAAUCUUCAAGAUUCGAGUUGUUCCAUGAGCAGCGGAUGGCUAAUUCGGAUGGAAAUUUGCGAGUUAUCGUGGGUUAAGAUCCUAAGAUGGAAAUUGUGCAGGGGGAGCAGCUGUUUCUCAAACCCGAUCGCUUAGCGACAUUGAAGCCCCAUUACAAGAGCGAGAAGCCGCCACAAUACACAACGUUCAAGCCGAACAAUUGAAGAUUUUGCUAUGCUUACUUUAUAUUGAUACACACGAGGUAGAGAGAGAGAGAGAGAGAGAGAGAGAGAGAGAGAGAGAGUACGAGCGAACGAGAGAACGACAAGCAGAGUGGCACGCAAUCAAAAACGCAAAACUGUAGCUCCACUUCUAUUGGUCUCAUCUAUCACGAAUAUAGAAUAUAUCUAGAAGAACCGCGUAUACAUAUGUGCAUGUAACAAUUGCGAACUAUUCGAUGCGAAUCCGUGGUAGCGUCCGAUCGGGUGGCGCAACGGCGACGAAUCUCUCGCUAAAAUAUACAACUGCCAAUUUCUUUGGAAAUAAGACGAUCGACACGAUCCCCAGAACCAAUCAAAACUACACAUAUUUAUAACGCUUACUUAUAAUAUUGUUAAUAAAACGAUGAUUUUUAUCA